AUGCCAAAUUUCCUGUGCCUUGAUUUCUGCAUCUGCCAACAAUGGGCAAGCGUGACAAGGUCAAGAAAAGGCCGUUCCGCUAGGCGGAUAGAGCCUAGAGAGGGCCUAGACUCCCGUCGUAAAUCUGGGUUUGGCCCAAUUGCCGUGGGCAGACGGGACCACGAACCACGCGAUCAAAGUUCGGGGAAAGGCCGCUAUGGGGACGACGGAUGGGUCACCCUGGAGUCUGCGGAUACUGAGCUAUAA